AUGAAUGAAUCAUGUGGAGCAACAUAUCAACCACACAGUCCUUUGAUACUUUGUAGUUAUUUGCCAAUGGAGUUUUUAAACUGCAGCCAACCACAAGAUUUAGAAGAAAAUGAAACAGCUAGACUUCUCCUUGGAUAUGGCUGUACAAAGUGGGGUGGUCGUCGAUAUGAAGAUGUGCAGAAAACAGCUGUUUGGUGUACAGCUUUAGAAGGUGUAGAAUGCUUUGGAAACAGAAAAUUUCUAAAAGAUGGUUUUCCAUGUAUCAAAUAUAAUGGUCACUAUUUCUUGACUACUUUGAUUUAUUCUGUUCUUCUUGGCUUCCUCGGAAUGGAUCGGUUUUGUUUAGGACACACAGGAACAGCAGUUGGAAAAUUAUUGACUCUUGGAGGGGUUGGCAUCUGGUGGAUUGUAGAUGUCAUCCUUCUGGUAACUGGAUCUCUAAAACCUGAGGAUGGAAGCAAUUGGGUCCCAUAUUACUGA